CAAACAUCGCGACACACAGAAUGCUCAUCAUGCCGGCUGUUUUAUUUUGAACUCGUUUUCUUCCAGUGGAUCACCGACUAUCUGAUUUUAUUCAAGCUUUAUGCAGCCCAAAUUUUCAUUGCUGCCCUUCCUGUCAUCGUUCAUUGCAACAAAGAUACGGCCUUUCUCCUGUGCACGUGCAGCACAUCGAGGACCAGGUUCUCAAGGGAAAUUGGAAACGCACGCGGCUUUGGGUGAAGGUUAUCAAUGUCCGGAUAGGUAUCCUUCUGAAGCCAAGCGAAGGUGGACAACAACAAUCGAAUAUGGACUACCUGGGAUAUUUCAGCAUCCAGUCACAGGCCAGCAGCUACAAGCGCAAAUUUCUGAUUACGACCUUGGCCCAUCCUUAUGAUAUUCGGAUAUUACUCGACCUCUUCUCUUCUCUGCGACCGUGGAUAGGGAGAAGACGUGAAGAGUUCACCACGUAGCCUCUCCCUCUUACAUGUCACACUUGUGGGGAUAAAUGAAGUCGGUGGUAGC